UCAUUUUCAGUCAUUACGAAAGAAUCUAUGAAAGAUAUUGAAAUAAAAGCAACUGAAUCGGCUCCUACGCCAAAACCGGAACCGCUUCCUGAAUUUAGUGAAAGUAUUCAACUGGAAAAGGCGGAACCUCAAAAACUAGAAGAGGAUAGUUCAACAGAAUCGGAAUCACUUCCUGAAUCUGGUAAAAGUGCUGAAGUGGAAAGGUUGGAUUCUCGAAAAGAAGCAGAGGAAGAUACGGCCGAAUCGGAAUUGCUUCCUGAAUCUGGUCAAAGUGGUCAAGUGGAAAAGGCGGAUACUCUAAAAGAAGCAGAGGAAAUUACAAAAGAAUCGGAAUCACUUCCUGAAUCUAGUAAAAGUGCUCAAGUGGAAAAGGCGGAUACUCCAAAAGAAGCAGAGGAAAUUACAAAAGAAUCGGAAUCACUUCCUGAGUCUGGUAAAAGUGCUCAAGUGGAAAAGGCGGAUCCUCGAAAAGUAGCAGAAGAAAUUCUUGAGUUGACCAAAGAUCCCGAAGUUCCAACAUUGACCGAGCAGAGGCUUUUCGAAGACGAACCGGCGAAGGUGAUUCAAGAAAUGUGGAGGGCGACCGACAUCAACAGGAGAAUGGGCGGAGCGGAGAGAAUACUCGGACAGUAUGCCGAUAUGCUGGAUGAUUUAUCACUGAGAGUGACAAUCCUGGAAGACUCCGUAACAAAAUUACAGGCUGAAGACAAUCAAGAGCUUAUUGAUAGGAUUGGUAAAUGCGAGGAGAAUUGCAAUGCAAUGAACAGCAGACUUGAUCAGACUGUGUUAGAAACAGAUGAGAAAAUUGAAAACGUAAAGGACUCUCUUGAAGAUGUAAAUCGACUACAAGAGGAAACCGACUCAGCGUUAAAAGAUUUAACAAAGAAACAUGAGGAACUGGUGGAAAUUAUUGCAUAUCAAAAGGACUUGGAAGAACUAAAUGAACUAAUGUCGGAUAGACUCACAGAAAAGGAGAAGGAACUAAAAAUAAGAAUUCUAGAGGUGGAAGACCUAAUCACGCCCAAGGAAGAUAUUGCAGAAAUAGUUUCACGAGUAGAUAAUUUGAAUGAAAUCAAAGUGAAUCGAGAAGAUUUAGGACAGUUAAUGGAGCCAGGCUUUAUUGAAAAACUUAUUGCAGAACAAAAGAAUCUUCGGAUAGAUGUAGAGGAACUGAAAAUUUCGGAAUCGGAUUUAGAAGAAGGUUUGAACAAUUUAAUCAAAAGAAUCGACGAAGAAAUUUUAAAGUCUAUCGAUGAAUCUUUUACAGAUGUGAGAAGUACCCUCGAAAUAAUGGGGAUGAAACUUGAUUUACUUGAUGCUGAUGAUAUUAAUGAUAGUUUUGCUCGUUUGGAAGAACAAAUUGAUAUUUUGACGGAGAAACAGAGUGAUUUAAAAUCAUCAACCGAACAGUUCGAAAAAGAAGCAAGAACCAAGUUUAAGAUCAUAGUAGAUUUAAAAGACGCAAUUGUCAGAUUGGAAUUAACAAAAGUAGAUAAAGCAAAAUUGUCUGAGCUACUGGAGUCGAAAGCAGAUAUUGAAAUGGUGUCGAACAAGUUGGAUCGGAACGAAUUUGUUGCUGCUAUUAGAGAAGUCAAGGACGAUCUAAAACAUUUAACAAUUGUAGUGAAAGUAAAUAUGCUUUUCUUGCAAGAGAGGUGCAAAUUUAGCAGGACGGACUACUGUUGUUCCAGCAGCUGAUCGUCGCCAGUUUAAUGUAAUGACGAACGAGGACGCAGUGCGAGACGACGAUUCACUGAAAUGUUUUAGUGUAGUUUCUGGCUGUGAUCUCUUAUGGUAUGGUGUAACACAUUUUCUAGUUUAUAAAUUUAUUUCGUUUUAAAAUGUUUUUCGAAACAAAAUGGGACACAUCAUUUUUUUGCAGUAUAUUUUGUUUGUUAGUAAACCAAGUGACAUGAAAAAAGAGAUUUGUUGUACCAAACAUAGCAUGAGUUGUAAAACUAUUUUUAAAAAAACAUAUAUGGUUUGACUUUUUUAGUUUAUAAAUUUAUGAGUUUGAUGUCCUCUCUUUCAGGUUGCCACCUAUUGAUAUUGAUCAACUUGAAAAUUACUUCGCCAGUGGUGGCAUAAGAAAAGGAUACACUAGCAAAGGGAACAUCAACAAAAACACCAAGUGAUGUAAGAUUUGGAUAUUGCAUGAUACAUCAGAAGAAUUUGCUGUUUAAUUUGAAUUAGUCAUAUUAUUUCCUUGCAACAAUAAUAAAAUAAUUUGCAUUGUU